GCCGAGUGGAGCGGCGCCCUUAGAACUCUGAGGGCUUGGAAAGAAGGCACUGUGCUUGCACCAUGGUUCAUGCCUUCCUUAUUCACACCUUGGGCACUGCACAUGCCGAAGAUACAAGCUUCUGCCGAGUGCUCUACUCCUGUGUAUUUGGUGCUGAGAAGUCUCCAGAUGACCUCCGGCCACAUGGAGCUGAGAGGGACAGGCUCCUUCGUAAGGAGCAGAUCUUGGCAGUGGCCAGGCAGGUGGAGAGCAUGUGGCGGCUGCAGCUACAGGCAUCUGGCCAUGCCUCUCUGGACCCACUGCCCCAGUCCUCUGACGAGCCUUUUCCUCUGCAUGAAGCCCCGCAAGGAGUCUUCGGCCUAAGCAUGGGGGAUCCUUUCCGGGAGCCUCGGACAGUGUUGUGGCUGGGUGUGCUGUCCUUGGGCUUUGUCCUGGUGCUGGAAGCCCACGAAAACCUGCUGCUGGCUGAGAGCACACUCCGGCUACUGGCACGCCUCCUCCUGGAACAUCUCCGGCUGCUCACCCCCAACACCAAUCUCUUGCUGCGGGCCGAACGCAUCGAGGCCAUCCUGUCCCGCUUCCUGCCGCAUGGCCAGCUGCUCUUCCUCAACGAGCAGUUCAUCCAGGCCUUGGAGAAGGAACUCAGCACUGCCUGGCCCCGCUGAUCCCACCUCUCACCCCCAAACACACACAGGCACACAGGGGUCUGGGGCUUUUCACCAUUGCUGCUGUGUAGCCAGACCAGGACAAAUGGCAGGACACACUGCUCUAGCCUGCAGCUGCCACACAUGACACGUUGAGAUGCUGCAGUCAGCAGCUCAGGCCCCAACUUCACUUCCUUACUUCGCUGCCAGCCUGCUCAGACCCUUCUCCUUCCACUGCUGUGCUGACAGUCUGCGACUCCCCUUCCUUUUGUCCCUUCAUGUCCCUGUCCCUGUCCUCCUCAUGACUGUGCUGAAGAGUCUAGAACUCAGCUCAGGUGUUGGUUCUACCUGUGCCCCUGUUUCGUUCUCAUCAUCAACAAGGAUUCUGUCCUUGAUGGAUUGGGAGUGUGGGGUAUUCAGCCCACC